AUGCCCCAACUAAACCCCAACCCAUGAUUUACCAUUAUACUCCUAACCUGAUUCACCUAUUCAUUUCUUAUUCAACCUAAACUACUCUCAUUCACUCCCACAAAUAACCCCAUAAACAAACCUUCAACAACAAAACCAAUCCCUUGAACCUGACCAUGAACCUAA